CGAAAACAGAAGUUCAAAACAAAACAAAACGAACAUACGAAGCAACCGUACCAUAAAAGAUGGUAAUUCUUCUUUCUUGAUCCUGUAAAGUAAUUCAUUUCUCUGACUCGACCAGAACGACACCCCAUAAUCCAUAGAUUAUUCACCACGCAGUUCCUGGUAUCACUUUGGCUGGUUACGGAAAAACAGGAUCGGUUGAAGAGACUUUUUACCUUUCGGAUCGAACCAAUCCUUCGCCAUGCCCGCUUCCCCUCGACCCCACCCGCCUCCUCCUCGAGCGCGUCCCCCACCAAUGAGCCCGCGACGCGAAGGAGAUGCCCCAUUGACGCCUCGUCGCUAUCAGUCUCACGACGAAAGCAUUCUAUCGGGAUCGCCUGUGAGCACCAACAGCACCGGAGCCCCGUCGUCUCCAAUGAGAGAGGCGGCAAGCCUGAUCCAAAGUCUCGACAUUGCCCGCACAAAAAUGAUUGGUUCAGCGGCCGAUGCAGCGACCGAAGCCGAGACCGCGAGGCGGAAUGCCCGCACGGCGCAAGAAAUUGCUCGACGGUACCAAAGCGGAUCCUAUUCGACGUUCAAAAUGAACGCAUUGGAUACUUCGGCAUCCUCUGCUGCAAGCAUUGUGACCACGGCAACAAUGGCUUCGUCUUCAAUCCUCAUUACUUCUCGUCCGAAACAUCCUGACAUCACGGGUCUGUUCAAAAAUCAAAACGCUUUAGACGGUGGCGAGGACGAAGAAAAGACGUUUGAAGGCGAAGGCGAUUCACCAAAUGGCAACGUCGGCGGGGACGACAACAACGGCGGCGACAAUCACCGAGUGCCAUACACUCCAAGCCCGAGACACAGCUCCCCCACGCAUGAGCACGCGGAAAACCAAAUCAAAAGCUCGGACAAAAAGUCAGGUGACGCUGCCCAAAACCGGGGCGAUUUUCAUUCGCCAACCUCGUUCGAACGGAUUGCACAGCAUCACGCCGAUGACCUCUUACAGCUUACGAUGGAACUUGAAAAAACCAAACAGGAAUUGGAAUCGGAACAACGUUUGCGCAAACAAUUUCAUUUUUCAAUGUUAUCUAUGGAAACAAAAGCAACAAAGCUAGAAAGUAUCAAUGAAAAGUUAAAGGAAGAUAUUGAAAAGGAGAGAAAACAAUCAGCAGCAGAAAUAUCGAAUCUCAAAAUGGAACUCAAAUCGAGCCAGAUGAAAUUGCAAGCAGCCGAAGAAGACGCACAGUUAGCACUAGAUUUGGCGAAAGAUAGCGCCGAGGAAAGAGAAAAAACGGAAGAACUCCUACAAAAAGCCAAAAAUGAAGUCGAAAUGCUAAGGCAGCAAGGCGGAAACAAUCAACUGGCCGUUAUCGGUACACCGGAACGACGUGUCCAUUUUGCCGAUAGCGAUGCCAAUGCUGCAGUUGAGAACGAAGCUACCAACACUGUAGAACCCGAAAAAGAAGUGAAAUCACCGGCACUAUUAGAUGCCUCGCGUGAAGGUGGUCCUUCUCGAGCCAUGAUUGCAGCUGGGCGUCAACUACUCCUUCGACGAAGCAUGUCACCUCAAGAUGCUGUCAUUCGGCUGGAACUAACUCCAUCAAAAUCGGCAGAGCGACGUCAACAACUUUCUGCUCGCUUGAACAAAAGCCUGAAUGAAAGCACCGAUGACGCCAACAUUACACUUCUUUCAUCUUCCCCUUCUCGAACGCCCACGUCACCCACACCCGGCAGCCCGCCAGCCAUCACCUCGGGAGAAAGCCAUACUACUUCCAAUUCAAUCACCAACCUAGACAUGAAGACAACACUUGAAGAAUAUGUUGCAGCUAUUAAAACAUUGGAAACCAGUGGCAAGCGCCUUGACUUGGAUGGGUAUUUCUGGAGAGAACAUAGCAAAAAUAGGCCAUCACACACUCCCAUCCGAAUCGAUCAGAUGACGAGACAGUAUUGUCAAAACGUCGAGGUACGUCCAAUUCAACUAGAAUCGAUAGAACUUAUAUGCCGAUGAUCACAACAACGGAAACAAAAGUCAUUACUGUUUGCAACAGCACAGCAAUUUCCUCACCCUCGUCUCAUGCGAUUGUUACUCAUCUGUUUUUCACAGUUCAAAAUUGGUCGACAGCAAAAGGAUAUCAAUCAGCUGGAAUCAUUGUUGGGAUAUCUCGAGAAGAAGCUUGUUUUGGACGAGUGACUUGUGUUCGAUAGUGUCAAGAAUUGGUGCAUAGAACGUUUCUGUGUAGUUCGAAGUACCAAGUAGUAUUGCAUUAUGAAAGGGCAGACUUACCAUUAGUACGUAGUCAAGUACGUACCGUUUAGUACGAUGCGACUAGCACUUUUUCUUUUUUAGAGCUCUGUUCGUUAACGGUAGAAAAGAGCGAAAAAUGGUGAACAAAACCGAUGAUCCGUU